AGAAAAUUCAAAAGAGGAAGACUGCGUUGCCUUUCCUCGUGUUUGAAUUCUUCUUUCAUUUCCUGCGCAGAACCCACCUCCAAGGAAGAUUCCUCCAAGUAAAACCCCGCGUCUCCGACCAACCUCUCUCGAAAUGCCCCCGCAUCCCGACCAAUUCCACGGCUGGGUCUCGCAUUCGCCCACCGAGCCCCUCGCCUUCACGACCUUCACAGCCAAACCAUUCGACCCCACCGACCUCGAGAUCCAGGUCACCCACUGCGGGAUCUGCGGCACCGAUGUGCACACUCUCCGUUCCGGCUGGGGCCCGUCCGACUACCCGUGCGUCGUCGGCCACGAGAUCGUCGGCCUCAUCACGCGCCUGGGUGCCUCAGUGCCGUCCCUGCCCGCCCCAUACUCGGCCUUCCAGCUCGGCGACCGCGUGGGCGUAGGCGCCCAGAUCUUGGCCUGUCUAGGCGCCGACUGCGACGCCUGCAGCACCGGCCAAGAGAACUACUGCCCGCGGAUCACUGGCACCUACAACGACCGCUUCUGGGACGCGGGCUUCCAGCAGAAGACCGCCGUCAAGACCAUGGGCGGGUUCGCGCGCACCUGGCGCGGGCCGGCCCAGUUCGUGUUCAAGAUCCCCGACGGGCUGUCCUCGGCGCAUGCGGCGCCGUUGCUCUGCGCGGGGGCGACCGUCUUCACGCCGCUGCGGAAGUACGGCGCGGGAGCCGGGAAGCGCGUCGGCGUCGUGGGCAUCGGCGGCCUGGGCCACCUGGGGCUGCUGUUUGCGAAGGCCAUGGGCUGCGAGCGGGUGGUCGCGAUCUCGCGGUCCGCGGCCAAGAGGAAGGAUGCGGUCGAGGGGCUCGGGGCUGAUGGGUUCAUCGCGACGGGCGAGGAGGAGGGCUGGGCCAAGAAGUACGAGCGGACGCUGGACCUGAUUAUCUGUACGGUGGACGGGGACGAUAUGCCGCUGGCGCGAUAUCUGAGGCUGCUGCGCGUCGGGGGCACGUUCGUCCAGGUGGGGGCCCCCGAGAAGCCACUGCCUCAGUUGCCGGCCUGGUCGUUUAUUCAAAAGGGCAUCAAGCUGGCGGGGUCGAAUAUUGGGUCGCGCGAGGAUAUCCGGGCGAUGCUGGAGUUGGCGGCGCAGAAGAACGUGUUGCCCUGGAUUGAGAAACGGCCGAUGGAAGAGGUGAAUGUCGCGUUGAGAGACAUGGAUGCGGGAAGAGCGAGGUACAGGUAUGUCUUGGAAAAUGGAGAGCCGGACAGUAAACUGUAGCAGGUAAAGAUAGCCAAUAGACCAGGGCUGCUGCCCCAUGUGGAUAAAAAUACGAGCUAAACGAAGGGACCGAGAUGUAG